AAACAACACACAAACGUGCCUGCCACCAAGGUCGCCGCUGCCGCCGCCCGCAUGCUUGCCGGCGCCAUCGUCUUCGUGCCCGGUAUCGCCGGCGCCACCGUCCUCGAGAAGAAGGCCGUCGAAGAGAAGGUCAAGAUGGACGCCAAGAANGGGCAUGCCCCCAAGAAGGAGCUGGCUGCCCAUGAGAUGCCCUCCGCCCCUAAGUUUCACUGA